AUGAGCUCUUCAGAUUCUAGUGACUCCUGCUCCUCCGGCUCUGAGCUCGAGGAAACAUGGGAAGGCGAGGGCGUUGCUACGAGCCUUUUCGACGACUUCUCCUCGCCAUUCGCCUCCCAGGUGUACCGCCACAUGGAGUCGAAGUUCGGCUUCGACCAUAGGAUCCUGGGCAAGGGUACCCUCCACCGCGUGGCUCUCGUGACCUACCUGGAGCGCGAGAAGGCGAAGGGGGCCGACGUGCUUGACUGCUACCAACGCAUACGCUCCGACCCAUCUAUAGUGCUGAACCGGAUGGAGGAGUUCAUCAAGCCGCCGUUUGAGAACGAGAAGUUGCUCUGGGACUUCAUGGAAUCCAGCGACGAAGAGGGUGAUGAGGAUCUGUUGUCCAAGCACCUUAGCCAGGAGAAGGGCACCAAGACCGCCCAGGCUAUCAGGAAGCGGGCGUCAGAGGAUGAGAGUUACUUCAAGUGCUACAAGGGUCUCGGUAUCCACCGAGAGAUGGUGCAGGAUGCGGUCCGAACUGGGGCAUACGAGGCAUUCAUUCGCCUCAACAAGGCGCUAUUCAAGGACAAGGUGGUUCUUGAUGUAGGUUGCGGCUCGGGAAUACUCUCACUCCUCGCCGCGAAGCAUGGCGCCAAGCUGGUUGUCGGCAUCGACAAUUGCGAGAACCUCGUUAAUAUGUCGGAGGAUCAUGCGCGCAUUAACAACCUGACCAACGUGCGCUUUUUGCAUGGCAAGGUGGAGGAUUCCGAUCUGGCAUACGUCGAUGGGGUUCUGUUGUUUAAACGUGACGCCAACUCCGACACGCCACACGAGCCAUUCAAGUGUGACAUUUUGAUAUCAGAAUGGAUGGGAUACGGGUUGCUCUACGAGAAUAUGUUGCCCUCGGUUUUGUUUGCCCGUGACAAGUACCUUACUGAGGACGGUAUUAUGGUGCCUAGCAAGGUCAAAUUGGGGUUCUUUGCCAUUGAUAUGCACGAAGAGCUUUCAGCGAAAAUGAGGGAGUGGAAUGAGCCCAAAUACGGCAUAGUGUUAAGCGGCCUGCGCUAUGAGGCCGCCGAGCUGCUCAAGGUCCCGGCUGUGGAGGCGGCGGACCCGUCUUCUAUAGUCAGCGACGCAAGCGGCAUAUGCGUCAUGGAUCUAAAGCGUGUGAAGCCGUCUGAACUGUCCACUGCUCACGAUUUCGAGGUGAAAGUGCACGACGGGAAAACGUGUUCCUCCCUCGUCCUCUACUUUGACUGCAUUUUUGAGCCUCGCAAUACGGCUGAUGGGAGCUUCCCUGCUGUGCUAAACCUCAAGUCUAAGACUUUUGGUGGGCUGGAGUCAUAUCGGGAGUCCCUCCCCGGCGUAGACACGACGAGGACGUAUAGCGUGUCGCCUGACUACGCUGGUUCCGAAGAGGAAGGUGGCGUGGUGGUUGUUAUGUCUACUCGGCCUGACCAGACAACAACGCACUGGAAGCAGGUGUUGCUGCAUCUUGUGGAUCACAACGACGCCCCUGUGCGACUGAAUGUUUCAUUGCUCAAGAACCCGACUAACAACCGUUGGCUCGACAUCCUGCUCCGACUGCGCGACUCGGCAGCGCUGGGCGAUUGCUACUACAAGCUCAUGUAA